GAUCGAAAUAACAUGAAAGUUUAAGGUUUCGGGGCGAUAUCUGAGAUCUGAAUCUGAAUCUGAAUCUCUGAAUCUCGGAAUUGGAUGUCAUCUAUGAUCUUUCUCCCUAGUAUUACUGCGGCUGCUCAUAAACGAAGAAGUCACGAUGAUAUAGGUUCCUUCUAUUUAUCGACGAUAAGAAUCACAGAGUAAAUAAAAACCAGUAUUUACAUCCAUAACUACCCAGCAUUCUCGGCCGUAUUCAUGAAAUACAGAAAGAAAGAAGUCUUACUUGCUCAACUCUUAAAUUGUCGUAUCGCCUUUGUGCUCGUUGCUUCUUCCUCCUCUUCUUCUUCGUCUCUCAGUCCCCUUUAUCAACUUUCAUCCGCAUCGGAAUUUUAGAUUUUUACCUUCACAUUCAUUUCGACACCUACUUAAAAGUCCUUUCAAUUACCUACCUUCACUCUCACCAAGAGAACCUCCUUUUCGACGAAAUUUCCUUCAAAACACUUAUGUGUACCUUGUACCAUCUGUAUGCACAACAUUUCCAUAACCCCACGUUACUCCAAAUCACCCCUCACAGUUCUUCCCACAUUACACUGCUGGUACUAAAUACAUGAUGCAGCAAUAAAUAGCGGCCGACGACUCUCAGAAGACUUAGUAGCACUGCAGUCAGAUUCUUUGAAUUAGGAAAGAAACGGCCUGUCGCACUAGAUUCCGCACCUCGAACUUCCAAACGAGCGGCAUCUUGUUCUAUUUUGCUUAUUCCAGGAUACGGAUUAGGAACCUGCAUUUUUCAUGCAUUCAAUUUAGUAAAACUGGAACAGGGCCGGAUUAACUUUCGUUCCAAAAAUUUCUCUUGUCUGGAUACUUGAAUCAUCACGAUUUUCCUUCAGAGACUUUCCAAAAAUCACUGGACUUGCUAUGUUUUCAUAGAUUAGGAUUGGAGAGAUAUUAAGUUCACUUCCCGUACCCGGUGAUUGUGUUAGAUGGUUGGUUUGGCUUGUGGUUGGAAAAAAGUUAAUAUAUCUGGGAGAUAUUUUUUCAAAGGCAACUGGGCAGGCCCUGGGAUCUUCGAACUUGAAGCUUCAACUCCAUCAACUGAUUCAAUUGGAUGCUUAAGUGAAGAUUGAGUCUUUCAAUCUCCUUUCCUCUACAAUCUCGGCCUCGAAGAUUUCCCAGACUUGAGUUACUCUCCUACUCUUUCAGACAAGAACAGCAGUACAGCACUCCUGCUUGUUUUCUUUCUUCAGCUUGAGGACUUCAAUUCCUCUUCACAGAAACCUUACUGUUGCAUAACAAGUUGCGCAUAUUAUCAUUGUUGAGAGGUCAAGUUGAUUAAUGGUAAGCAUUCCUUGACGUGUCCACACCCAAUAACUCAACACCAUGAUCCAAUCAUUCUAUCACUCUGGUGUCUUGACUGAUUCUCUCGAUAAUUUGUUCAGAUAACAGUGUGUGCAUUUCUCUUUCUGCUUUACUAAUGAAAACUCAGGGCCUUCUUCUUGACUUGAAUACUGUAGUUCAUUUCUCUUUCCACCACUUUCAUUCAAAGCCAUUCACUAUUGGGAAGCCAGUCACCACGAAGCAACGAGUUUCAGAGAGUUUUGAGCCAUUUCCUUUUCCAACCCUUUCAACAGCAAUAUCUCGAUAUUCACUUUUCUUGCCCCGCAAUCGGCGUUAGCGUUUGAGGCAAUCUCCUGCUCCCCGACUUGAAACUUCUCGAUUCUAAACUUCAAAUCUUUCUUUCUCCGUCAAACAACUAUUCUACAGCUCUUGAUAUCCAAUAGUUGAUUUGAACAAGUCUGCAGUGAUAGAGUGGAGUUUGAUCAUAACCUUAUGCAAAACGAUAUCCAAUCAUAAUUUUGCACAGUUUCGAGGCUGUUUAAGAGUUGGUUAGGAUUGAUCUUGUUCUUAGCCAUCAAGCAGUAAGUUCUAGUUCAUUCCCGCAAUGUUUCAUUGAUUUAACACACAUGGGUGAGUAGUUUUGCGGAAACUAUCGGUGGCCAUUUAAUUUUGUAGCUCUACUACGAUCCACUGGCCUUGGGGAAGUCGAUUCUGUCCAAACUCAAUCAAUGCAAGUCUCUAUCGAGCCUCCAACAAAUUCCACCAAGCGUCCACUGUCAACAUUCAUCGUAAGUUCAUAUACCAAAUAUGAUACUUAUUCUUCCUUUGAUAUCUCCAGACGUGUGGUCAUCGGGCCGCAUGACUAACAUUUGCAGAUUCACCAUCUAAGGGUUACCUUACUUAAGAUAUUGACAAGAUGUUGGGAGUUGGUCCAAUGACAUGUAAGUAUGCUCUAUUGUCGUAUAAUAUGGUUGUGAUAUUUGUUAUCACUUGCUAAUAAAUAAUGGCUGCGUUUUAUCCAUGCCACAAUGUUCUUGGGCUCCAGCAAUACAUUCUUAUGUUUCUUCACCCUUUACAAUUCCGAUCACCAAAACCCUCGAGCAUAUAGCCCCUCACAAAUUCCAUUAAUAUUCGGCUGUCAAGUUACUUGAUUAUUUCACCUUCUCUUUCUUUUAAUUUUCAUGCAAAAUCCUUCUUUGAGGAUUUUCUGAAUUCUAACUUGAAUAGAUCAAGCGAUUCCAAGGCCAAAGAAGCCGAAGUCUCAUGCAAGAGGUGCAACAAUACCAGGAUCUCCCACUCCAGGUCCAUUCCAAACACAAUCAACACCAGCGUCACAAUCAAGCGGAUUUGGUGGAUUUGUUAAUGCUCAAGUUCCUCAAUUUUCUCAAAGCCCUCAAUUACCCUCAAGUCCAUCAUUGCAAACAACAGGUUCAUUUGACAGCAGCAACUUUCACACUGGUCUCAGUGAUACUUCAGCAGGUACAAAGAAGUCAGGCGGUUUUUUUCGACUUUUCAAAAAGGAUUCGAGGUCCGACGGUGCAAGGAGUAACGAGGACCUUCCAAGUCGAGGGAAGGCAUUAUACAGUCGCAGUGACGACCCUACGGUGGAAACGGAGUCGGAGCCGGAACCUUUUGAUCCAUUGGAUGAAAUGGGUAUUUUGUCACCUCCAGAUUUUAUUCGUCCUAUGCCAGGGCAAAGACUUGUUCCUCGAGGAGAGCCAAAUGCACUUCGUAGAAUGACAUCGAGCCCAAUUGGAAACACACAAAUCGGGAGAGCCAGAGCCCGAGCUGCCGCCAGACUGAAUGAGUCAAUUUCUGAAGUCUUGGAGUCUGAUUGGCAAACUACCACUGGUGAUGAGGAGCAAUCAUCACCGGUUGAUUUAUCAUCAUUUUAUAAUGAGCCUUCUCAAGAAUUUAAUGUCAUUACGGACCCAGAAGAGCAACAUGAAUUCAUUGCUGUAGCAUCAGCACCGGCUGGUGAUAAUGCUGCUAUUUCUGAAUGGACCAAUUACAUCAAGUCUUAUUCUUCGGUAAGUAAUUAAUUUCGGUUUUUUGACUUCGCGUGAAUAAUGAUGCGAAAUUCUACAUGUGAUUGAUUGUCCUGAUAUAAUUUCUAGGGCUCUUUCAAUAUCUCGAAGCCCCCGGCUCCACCUCCACGCAGUAUGCAUUUUGAAUACUUGCCAGCAAUGUAUCCGCAUGAUGAGGAAAGUAGAAUCGCGAAGCAUUACUCCAUCGAUGCUCCCUGGACUCCGGAGCUGGGUGGUAAAAUUAUUGCUUUGAUGGGAGCGGCAGCAAAACGAUUUCGCCUCAGUUGUGCUUCUGUCAGUGCUUUUGACGAAUGGCACGAGAUAUUGAGAGUUGAGGUGGGUUACAAUCUCAUGAAGCUCGACCGCACAACAAGCAUUUCAGCCCACGCUCUUUACUCGGAAGAAGUCCUGGUAAUCCUGGACACACAUCAGGUUUGUUCUUCUACUUGUUACAAUGGACCAUCUCGCUAACGAUUACAUAGGAUUGGCGGUUCGCAGGAAAUCCUUGGGUCACUGGAUCCCCUCAUAUUCGGUUCUUCGCUGGAGCACCUUUGAUCUCAGAUUCUGGAGAAAUAAUUGGCGUCUUUUCUAUUCACAGCAAACAACCUAGAUCUGAGUUCUCCCGGGUGGACAGACGAGAGCUUGCUGAGUUUGCAGCUCUAUCCGUUAAAGAUAUCUGCUUGCACGGCGAACGUAUGUUGGACCCUGACUUGCGUCGUUCUCUCGCUGUAUCAAAGAGAGAUACAAGAACCAAUUUGGUUCCCAAUCCGCUCCACUUUCAAAAGAAAUCAUCCACUCUAGUCACCCAGCCAGCUUUUUUCCCCAUGGGACUCCAGUAUCAGACACAUUCGUCACCUUUUUCGAAGCAAUCAGAGUUCUCAAAUGAGGAUUCUUUUGUGAACACUCCUGAAACUUCUAUAUCAAUGUCUCAUGAAUCCUCAAUUCGUGAUUCUGAUAUUCUAUAUAUGGCCGCGCCAGGACAUUAUCGGAGCGUCUCUGCGGAAUCCGCUUUUACUAAUCAUAAUUCUCCGGAGGCCUUUCACCAAUAUUUAACGCCCACUCGGUCCCAAAACUUCCCAGGCGCAGUGGAUCCUGAUAGCCGUCCAUAUUCUACAAGUGAUCUAACAUCGGUGGAUAUGCCACAGAACAACACACCAAAUGACACUUUCUAUUCCGACGACAGUUACAGUCAUUACCAGUUAGACCUUGAUGGACCAACUACUCCAAAACAACCCAAAUUUGUCUUUCCAAAUACAGUUUAUCGCAAUCUUGGCCCCUCAGCCAGCGGCAUCUCGUUAAAUAACAGCUUUGGUCGAUUGUAUAUGGAAGGUGACAGCAUGGCGGGAAGCAAUUAUCACCAGGAGCUAUUGGAACCGGAUGUUGCAAGACGCAGCACAUCACUCACCCGACCCUUCUCAACAAUUAGUUCGACUUCAAUCAGAACUAGUUUUUCCAGUAAGAUUGGCGGACCAAAUCAAGGUGAUGAGAAUACUACAUACAACGCACCGCGAUCAAAUAUUGCGGAAGCAGCCUUUUCAUGCUCCUUCAGUGGCAGACAGUUUGGAUUUGAUCAGACAUUUGCUGUUCAAGUUGAUUGUCCAUACCCUGGCAUGUCGGACAGAGACCUUUUGGGACCUCAUGGCCUUAAUUUAAAGAUCUUGGCAUCUUAUGGUCUCCCUUAUGGCUACGAGUCUGAGCUUACUAGGAACUUAUCUUUGAAGACAGCUUUCCUGAAGGGCUUGCGCACUAACGAGUUCUGCUAUAUUUGGACUCAAGAUGAGACAUCGGAAACUUACCAACAGGAAGGCUCCUUAGACUUUGGGGUAUUGAUGCCAUUAUGUCCUUUGAGUCAAACCAGAUCUCGCGAUCAUGGAAUUGUUUAUGCCAUGUUCAAGAAAGUAAACUUGUCUUCACACAACAACCUUCAGCGAACUGAUGUUGAUCUACAUGGAUUGAAGUGUGCGGCUAACUCAAUGACAAUUCUUCUUUUUAACCUCGAAAUUGGGGAUGUUGAAACUCAAUCGUUUGCCAGGCAGAAGAUACGAAGACAAGGCACACCAACUAUCAUUGGUGCUACUGAGGUUGGUCAGAUCUACUAUAGUAGACGCUCGCCUUCGGCAUACAGCAGGCAUUCUUCCUUUUGACCUGGUUUUGCCGGUAAUUCAGUCAACAUUUUUUGUUGAUUGUUCUUCCCCAGUUUUGACUGCUUAUGAUAUGUUUGACUUCGACGACAUGGACGGUUUCGCAACUCGAAUUAUUUUCAUUCUCACCUAUUGCGCGGAUUACAAAGACCCCUUACAUUUCGACCACACUGAUUUUCGAAUGGGCAAAAAGCAUACAAUUGUCGCAGUAUGUUGGCUCUUUCAAAAAAUUUCCUUUGUUCAAAAGCUUGCUACUAGAUCAUGAAAAAUCACAAUUAAGUUACGGUUGAUAUGGGAACUUGGGAAGGGCAACGGUUCUCGGAAAGAAUUCAGAUUUACUUUCGGCUGGCAACCGAAUUCGAUGUUUAAACUUUACCAACCCAGAGAAAAGUCACCUCGAACGGACGUGACGAAGCAGAGAUGUAAUGGAUGACAAAAUGGAUGGUAUAAAAAGGAUAUGAUGAAAUGAAAGAAAAUCAAAUACGGUACUGCAGGCUUUUAAUCAAAUGAUGUGGCAGCAAUUUACAAGUAUAUCGGAACUUAAAAACAGUUACAAAAGUCUUGAAAAUGGUUGGCAAUCUGUAGAUACUUCCAGAUUUGCUAAUCUCUUACUACUUACUUUCCAUCAACAUUUGCUUGAUCGGGAUGAAUGAAUGAUGAAGCUGGAAAGUCAAUCAACUAGUGAUUGCAUUUACUGGUUAUGUACCUCGCAUUAAAUCUGAUGAGUUGAAAUCAUUGGUAGACUCGGCUUGUAUGAAGACUGGUAUUGAUAUACCAGUUAUUACAUAGGUAGGUAGAUUAAGUAGGACUAAAUCAAAAUUAAAAGUU